AUGGCCACUCAAGUCACGCCGUCCAAGCAGGCGGCUUCCAACCUCGAGAAUCUCAAAGUCAAGGACUCGCCAGUAAAGAAGCUCGACUUCACCCCCGAGGAGAAGGAGAACGUGCCCGUCGCCGAGUCAUCACCGGCUCCCAUAGAGCCUGAGCUGAAGAAGUCCGAGCCCGAGGUCGAGUCCAAGGAAGCUCCCAAGGUGGCUCCCACUAUCAAAGAGCUAGAGGCAGACGAGCCUCUGCUACAAGAGAACCCUCACCGCUUCGUGCUAUUCCCUCUCAAGUACCACGAGAUCUGGCAAAUGUACAAGAAGGCUGAAGCUUCCUUCUGGACUGCGGAAGAGGUCGACCUGUCUCAAGAUCUGCAGCACUGGCAUCACCGCCUCAAUGAUGAUGAGCGCUACUUCGUCUCUCACGUCCUCGCCUUCUUCGCCGCUUCCGACGGCAUCGUCAAUGAGAACCUGCUCGAGCGCUUCUCCAAUGAGGUUCAGGUCCCCGAGGCUCGUUGCUUCUACGGCUUCCAGAUCAUGAUGGAGAACAUCCACUCCGAGAUGUACUCGCUCCUCAUCGACACCUACAUCAGCGACCCCAAGCAGAGAACUUACCUCUUUGAUGCCAUUGACACCAUCCCUUGCAUCCGCAAGAAGGCCGAUUGGGCUCUGCGAUGGAUCUCGGACAAGAACUCCACCUUUGCCCAGCGUCUUGUUGCGUUCGCUGCCGUGGAGGGUAUCUUCUUCUCCGGCUCCUUUGCUUCCAUCUUCUGGCUCAAGAAGCGUGGUCUCAUGCCUGGCUUGACCUUCUCCAACGAGCUGAUCUCUCGUGACGAGGGCAUGCACACCGACUUUGCGUGUUUGUUGCUGUCUCACCUGAAGCACCGCCCCUCUCAGCAAGCUAUCCAGGACAUCAUUGUCGAGGCCGUUGCCAUCGAGCAGGAGUUCUUAACGGAUGCUCUGCCCUGCGCCCUCCUGGGCAUGAACGCCAAUCUCAUGAAGCAGUACAUCGAGUUCGUCGCUGACCGUCUACUCGUCGCUCUUGGCAACCAGAAAUACUUCAAGUCCCAGAACCCAUUCGACUUUAUGGAGAACAUCUCGCUCGCCGGCAAGACCAACUUCUUCGAGAAGCGUGUUGGUGACUACCAGAAGGCCGGUGUCAUGGCUGGUCAGAAGAAGUCUGCUGACAAGGCCACCGCUGCUGCCGCUGGUGAUUCUCCCGUUGAGGAGGCAACACCCGAAGAUGGUGGUGCCUUCACCUUUGACGAUGAGUUCUAA